AGAAACCUGCUGGCCAAGACGGUGCUCAUCCUGUCUCACACACCUUGCAGACAGAAGACUUGCUUCUCUUUCAGAAAAAGCAGCUGUAGGCAACUUGCUAAGUUUCCUUUUUGGCUAAACGCCGCGUCAAGGGUUGUUUUAGAGCAGCGGGAUUCUGUGGGCACAGGGGGGCGCUGAAAGGACAGAGGAGGGAGCCCUUGCGAUCGAUCCGAUUGGAUCGAAGAUGGUGGUGACAGUUCUGCUGGGGCUCAGCUGGCUAUGUACGCCCUUGGGAGCUCUGGUUUUGGACUUCAACAACAUCAAGAGCUCCUCGGAUCUGCAGGGGGUUCGAAAGGGGUCCCAGUGCUUGUCUGAUAAGGACUGCAAUACCAGAAAAUACUGCCUCACACCCCAGGAUGAAAAGCCAUUCUGUGCUACAUGCCGUGGACUUCGGAGGAGGUGUCAGCGAAAUGCCAUGUGCUGUCGAGGAGCGCUUUGCUUGAAUGAUGUCUGCACAGCAAUGGAAGAAGCAACCCCAGUACUGGAAAGGCAGCUUGAUGACAAAGAUGGUAUAGACACAAAAGGAACAUCUGAGCAUCCAGUUGAGGAAAGCAACCUCAAGAGGAAGCCAAACAUUAAGAAACCGCAAGGCACUAAGGGACAAGAGGGAGAAAGCUGUCUUAGAACUUUUGACUGCGGACCUGGACUUUGCUGUGCCCGUCAUUUUUGGACUAAAAUGUGUAAACCUGUCCUACUGGAGGGACAGGUCUGCUCUAGGAGAGGACAUAAAGAUAACACCCAAGCUCCAGAAAUCUUCCAGCGGUGUGACUGUGGUCCUGGACUAGUCUGCCGAAGUCAAGCAACUGACAAUCGACAACACGCACGGUUAAGAGUAUGCCAAAAAGCCUAGGACUGCACAAAUAAAGACCAAUCCUUAUUGUAUUCAAGCAGAACUCUCACAGACAUUCAUUAUAAAACUCUUCCAUAUGAAUAUCUGAUGAACAUCAACUCUUAUAACAGCUGAAAUAGAAUUGAGCUUGAGAACUUUGAGAUAUGCCUGUGAUAAAUGGAAACUAGCUAUGGAUUGCUCUUUUUUUGGGUCUGUUUCUGCAAGAGUGCUAUAAUUCUAUAACCACAAAGGUUUAAUUUUGAUCUAAUGACUCGGCUAUUUCAA